CUCGAUGGCACAACCAAGCAUUCCGCAACAUCCGACUGGAUUCGAUCCCCUCGAACUAGAUAUUCUCAACCGACGGGAGGCGUUUAGUUUUCCACCAAAAGAUGUCUGCGAUAUAUUAGUUAAGAUCUUCUUCGAGUGGAUAGCACCAAUCCUACCUGUGGUUAACAAGCAAGACUUUAUGCACAAAUAUCACAGUCCAGAUGAACCAAGUCCACCUAUUCUGUUACUUCAGGCAAUGUUCAUGGUCGCUGCCAGGUUCACGGCGAACCAGCAGAGCUCAGGUGCCCGGAGUGCCUCGCCCCACGUGUUCUACAAGAAAACGAAGGCGCUCUAUAACGCGGGGUAUGAGAAGGACUCGGUGACUAUUCUACAGGCUGUCAUAUUGUUGGGGAUGUACUGGGAUGGUCCCGAUGACCUUACAGAGUGUGGUAUUUUCUACUGGAGUCGGCUCGGGACUGCUCUGGCACAGGCAUAUGGAAUCCAUGACAGGGAAAGUUAUACGGACCUCAAUCACUCAGAAAAAGGCCUGCGAAAACGGAUAUGGUGGACGCUAUAUACGCGUGACCGAUCCGUGGCAGCCGCUUUUGGUCGGCCAUUGCAUAUCGAUAUAAAUGAUUUCACGGUAGAUCCACUGACUGAAAGUGACUUCAUCGAGCGCAAUGAGUUACUGCAGAUCGAGUACCCAUUCGACAUAAUCCACGCUCGAUUUUUCAUUCAAUAUGUCAAGCUCUGUCAGCUUAUGGACCUGGGGCUAUGUCUCAAGCUAUCUUCGCGAUCGAUGCAAGACAAUAGAUGCGCUGAAGCUGCUCAGUGCGAACUAGGAUUGAGUGAAUGGCUUGCGUCUUGUCCUUUAGAGCUGCAGUGGAGGCAAUCCAGGCAUACUUUCUUGUCGGGUAUAUUAUUCUCUACGUUCAACACGAUUGUAUGCCAGCUGCAGCUGCUGCAGGAACCGAACUCCUCCAAUGAAGCUCAGAAAUCAUCAUUCCAUGCUGCAUCAACUGUUAUAUCAAUUCUGGAGACGCUAUACUCUCAUGAGCAACUUCAAUAUGCUCCUUCUUUCAUCAUCUGCCACGCGGUCGUCUCCUUCGUAACAUUGCAACAUCAAAUGGAAGCAUCAGUGCCUUCCCUCUUACACGCAAUCAGACUUAAACUCGAUGCUAACCUUGAAAUGCUAAAGGUGUUAUCGCAGACAUGGCCCAUCGCUGGGAUGAUGCUAGAACUAUUCCAGGCCACCGCCACUCCGGCACAUUUUGACCGGCAGUUGAAAGCAGCAAUAGACAACUGUCGCCAUCACUUUUCGGGAAAGACAAAUGGCACGAACAGCGGACCUCGAUCGUUUCAAAGAUCGAGACUUCGACAGGUCAUUCUCCCGCAGAGCAGGGUUGUACUUCAGCUUCUAGCGAGGACCAGCCAGAAUCAGAUGACUGCGAUCUCACGUCAGACUUUGGACGAUGCAUUUUCGGAGGCAGAUGUUGAAAAUGAGUCAGUUGGACUCCAGUCAGGGGACAUUCACUGGAAUGGGUCUCCAUAUGCAUUUUCGUCAUCGCUUGAAACAGACCCGUCUGCGGUUUUACAGAAUCUCCAACAAAUUAUCCGUAUAGGCAGAUCAAAUUUGCCUAGCAACCGUCACUGUCUUUGAUCGUGUGCCCCUUCUUGUUUCUAAUUGUAUUCGUGAAUGAAGAAUAAUACCUCAGGAAUCGCCGACCCGAGCUCGGUGAUUUGAGUAUGUAAACCUCGGCAUUCCGCGAUACUCGGUCGGUUCAUUUAAAUGGUAAACGGC